AUGCCGACGGAUUCCGUCCACAAUGGUCCUGCGUCCCAAAACACACCACCUCCCGAACAGCAUGUCGCGACUGCGGGAUUCAACUCAGAUGCAGUCGAAGCCAUUCUCCAGCAAGGCUAUGAUGCGAAGGCGCCACUCUACAAACCAGAGACCAAAACCCAGACAGCAAAACCAGAAAGCCCCUGGGGCCUGAAACCUGGAGCCAUGGCCAACGGCAAGGAUUUCUGGCUUGACUUACGCAAACAAGUUGCUGCCCUUCAGCAGACUGGUGGCACCAGUCAGGGAGGCUGA